AUCAACAUGAACAUGAUCUUCAUUACGAUUCAACACAUCCACUUAUCCCUCCAACACUAUCCCAGCUUCUUUUCCCAGGAUUUCUCAUUCAAGUUCAUCACGAGUUCACCAAUGCCAUGAUCACUUGGCCCUCUUUCUUAGCUCCUUACGUAGGUCAGAUGACAGAUAUGGCAUCUGACACAACAAACGAUGAGUGUCUUUCGGUCAAUAUGUCGCCAAUUUCCCGUCAAAUCAGUUCAUCUCGUGUUCCAGCUUCAUCUCCUUCACGUUUAUCCCCAUCGGUUGCUCCACGUCGAAGCACUCAAACUACACCUGUCCGUCUUCCAUCUUGGUCAAUGGUUGUGAUUCCCUCAGACUCUCGUAAAUCGGUCCAGUCCCAUAGCGAGAAUCCGAUGGCGUCUGAGUCUGAACAGUCAGUUCUUCAAGUUGAUAGACUCACCAAGAAAGGCAAACACAAACGUGUUCGCAACGACUCCGAGACUGAAUACGAAGAGCAGCCAGAAUCAGAUGCCUCAGCCUCAGGCUUGGUUCAACUUAUAGUACAAAAGAAGGCAUCAGUUAAACCUCGAGCAAAACAGUCAGCAAAGCAAUCAAAAUCAGCCAAGCCUCGGUCUAGCACCUCAAAAAGAGUUAAGAAGUCAAUGGUUUCACUUAAAGAUUAUCAACCUGAGAAUCGAUCACAGAGUUCACCAUGUGUUUUGAAACGUAAAAAGGUUGAGGUGAAUUUAACACAAGACUCGGAAGAUGAACAUGCUAAAGUAAAAUCGAAAAUCGAUCGUGAGGACAAGAAGCUUUAUGACAGCAUUAAGGACUAUUUCAAAGCUGCUCAG